UCAAGCAGGAUAGAGGAGGAUCAAGUAUAAAGUAUAAAUCUAUUACGAUUUUUACUUACAUUUUAAUACAUCGUUAACAGAAUACAGUUAAAUUCAAUCAGAAUUUUCUACAUAAUACAUAAAAAUGGCAAAAUCUGAAAAGCUGAAAGAUAUUUACGAAUUGAAAAUGCAAUCUUUGGUCAAUCAACUGCGAUUUGCAAUUGCAGUCACCAUUUAACCAAAAAGUUCCUACAAAUGCGGCGUCUGCCAGAUCACUGACAGCAACUGACAGCUUUGUGAUAAGAAAAGAAAUAGUUUAAUCUAAUCACCUACAAAGUUUUCAGGCAUUAUCCGCAAGAUGAACUCACGGAUUCUAAACGAACUAUGACUAACAAAUUUCUUCGAUGUACGUUUAUCAACAACGUAUUCUAGUUAUAACAUUAAAAAAGUUAUAACGAUUAGUCAUGUCGCAGACAAUAUAUAACCUACGUGUAAUGUUUCUAACGUAACGUCUGAGCAUAAUUGUCAUCUAAAAAUUGGAAAAUAAUCUGAUUAAAUGAUGAGAGAUGCGUACCAAGGGCCUGCUACUGUUCCUUAUCUGCAUAGCAGGGAGCAGCAUCAUUUUUAUUACUUUCAGCAAUCAAAGACCCUCCAUUCAGACUCUGGUUACAGAGACUCACAAGCAGCUACGAAACUUCCAAGAAAACUUAAAAGAUGUUGAAGAGAAACGCUUGGUAACAGACUCAAAGUAUCUUGCAAUGCUUGGCCUCGAUGGGCAAAUGAGCACAACUCCUUUUAGUCUUAAAUCACAAAAUGUGACUGUCGUCUCUCUUAUAAGGCCUGGAAACGAACAGCACAUUUAUGGCUUUGUCAGAAAUAUCAGUCAUUUUUUGCCAAAUAAUAGUAUUGUCAUUUAUAGCGUUGGAUUAAACGAUGAUUCUUUGCAAAAUAUUAGAGCAGCUUGCAACUCUACAAAGUGUAAUGUGAUUCAUUUUGACAUAAGUCUGUUUCCAGCGCAUGUUGAAGAUGAUAGACUGCAUGUUUAUAGACCUUUAGUUAUACAGACAGCUUUAAACACAUUAGGAAACAUAUUGUACAUGGAUUCAAAUGUGCGUUUGAAUUCAUCAGACGUUUCGAAGUACCUUCUACCAAAAUCUGGAAUUUUAACUUGGCCUACAAGGCACGCCAUUAGCUCUUUAACGCACCCAAAGAUGUAUGAAUAUUUUCAUGUCUCCACAGAAAGUUUCUUCUUUCUCCCAUUAAUAAGGGCAUCACACUUGAUAAUUAGGAAUGUUAAAGAAAUUAGAGAGAAAGUAAUGUUGCCUUGGGUUCAAUGUGCUCUAACGAGAGAUUGCAUUUGUCCAAUUGGAGCUCAAUCGGCAGGAUGUCGAUUCAAUAAGAAACCGCAAUACCGGUAUUCCGGUUGCCACGCAUACGACACAUCUGCACUAAAUAUCGUACUCGGACUGCACUUCAAUUUCGACGACACAUAUUACGUACAUCAAGAGCGGGAAACGUAUUUCAAUAAGAUUCAACCUGAGGAGAUCACGGAAGAGUAUCAUCUGAUUGCCAAACAGAACAAUGCAACCGAGUCGAAUUUAAGGAACUUCAUAUCAACUGAACGACACUUGACGAUGGUUGACAGCGACGCUGACAGCUGGUACAAUUGGAAACAGGAUGACUUUAAUAAAUUCCAUCGCGAAGGGGUGGUUAAUGCUUCGAACAAUGCAUGUUUGACCAGUAUCAGCCAUUUAAAUUGUCUAACAUCUGAUGAUAGUCAAAAAAGAAAUUUUCAAAACACUGGAUUGAUCUUGAACACUGCCGCCCCUACAAGCUCUAGAUCUACAGACAUUCGCUUCAUUAAUCCAGCAAUUUACGCUGAAACAUUGAACAACGAGGACGAAGAACGUGAGAUCCAAAUUCGAGUGAAGGUCAGUUCGACAGACGAUAGACCUCGCGAAGGGAAUUGUGGUGAUUUUACGGGAAAGAGUGAUACAGUGACCACAUUGUCUAUCAAGAAUGAUUUGGGUACCUCGUUCGUGGACCACGCUGGUGACCAAGUUUCAGCUCAAGAAACGUAUCGUUGCUACUCCUUAAAUUCACCAACCACUUCCUUGGAAUCUGGUCUUCCGCGAUCUAAGUUUGUAACUUCAUGUAGACCUUCCUCUCGUGUCGAGAGACGAUGUAAAAUCACUGAUAGAGGUGUCGAUGAUGACGAGGUUUGCUUCAACAGAAGAACCGAUUCGGAAGUACAGAGGUACACAUUCAAUGGUCAUCGUGUCGUGCAAGUUUCAACAUCAUCCUCAUCAAGCAUUACCAUUUCGGAGGACAGGAUGACCAAAAACUAUUUCCUUAAGAGAAUCCCUUAUAAUGAGUGGGUGAGAAAAAAACAGGAAGCAGCACGACAAAAAAAAGAGGAGGAGGAUCAAGCUGAGAGAAAGAAACAAAUGGAAGCGGAGAGACUUGCGCGCAAGAAAGAAGAGAAGGAAUCCCAAGAACGAGACAAUUUUUUGAAGUGGUCUGAGAAGAAGAAAAGGGAAGAGGAGCAAAAGAAAGCGGUAAUUGACAAGGAAUUGGUGGAAUUUCAGAAGCAGUUGAAGGACAUAGAAGACAAAGCUGCCAUGGCAAAGAGUCUGUAUCUUCGACAAUGGACUCGCAAAAAGAAAGAAGAAGAAAAAGCUCGCCAGAAGAUAGAAGAGAUGAAACGCAAGCAGCAUGAUGAGGAGAAGAAGAAAAGGUUGGAAGAAAGUACAAAAGCCUAUGAAAAUUGGCGAAAGAAUGCAAAGAACAGACCUAAGCCAGCCACGCAAGGACUUCUACCUCAUCAGAAAGCAAAACCAGCUUACGUGAACCCUACACCUUGGCAAACAGUUGGCGAUGACGCUGAGGAUCACGAGGAAAACUUAUCGAAUGCUAGAAAAACGCAAAGCCAGCCCAAGAUUAGUGCGUUGGGACAACGUAAAACUUCACAGAAGUCGCGAAUCAAACAAAAAGUACGAAUAAAUAUUGUACUUUGCAUUACAAACUCCUGUACUGUGUCUGCCUUAGCAGGCAGGAUCACCUUGCGUAGAUUGCGUCAUACAAUUAGAAUAAUGAUCACGCUCUGACGUAGUAAAUACCCUGAUAAAUAAUUUUAUUUCAUAGCUGAUAUUGUUUGAUACCUUUUACAACUUUCACUACCUUUUUUGUGUGUUUGUUCCUGUGAUUAAUGAAUAUUAAUGUAUCCGAACAUAAUCGCGAUUAACGUCCUUCAAGCACUAUUUAGACGAUCUAAGAAACAAACAAAAAUAGCAAGAACAGAAUGGAGAUUCUCGCCUUAACAAUCGAAGGUUUUGUAGAUAAUUAAAGAUAAAGAAUUUGCGCGAGAGGAAUUAAAAAAAAACAUAUACGCAAAA